AUGGCGACAACCAAGCAAAGACUGGCCCUCGCCAUCAUCGAAUUCCUCAACACCUCCCUCACCGACGGCACCCUCAGCGAAGACGAUCGUGAAAGCAUCGAAGUAGCCACAAACUGCAUCUCGGAAUCCUACAAAGUCGACCCCACCGACGCCACCCCCAAGGACUCGCAGUCGCUCCUAGGAAUCUACAGCGUCUACGAGAAGCUCAAGAACAAACCUACUUCCCCCUCCUCCUCCACCCCAGCAGCAACGAGUUCCGCGCCGAGCGAUGAGCAGAAGAAGGAGGCCGAGGCCUUGAAGUCACAAGGCAAUUCCGCUAUGGCACUGAAGGAUUACCCCAAGGCCAUUUCACUAUACAGUAAAGCCCUGGCGCUCGUUCCAGGGAACCCGAUCUUCCUAUCCAACCGCGCGGCUGCGUAUUCAGCGAGCAAGGACCACGAGUCUGCGCGCGCGGACGCCGAGGCUGCAGUAUCGGCUGAUCCAAGCUACACCAAGGCCUGGAGUCGCCUUGGGCUCGCCAAGUUCGCGCUGGGAGAUGCGCAGGGUAGCAUGGAGGCGUACGAGCAAGGCAUCAAGCAUGAAGGGAAUGGUGGGAGUAUGCCGAUGCAGAAGGGGUACGAGACGGCGAAGAAACGGGUCGAGGAGCUUUCGCAAGAUAGUGAUGAGGAUGAGGUUGCGGAGAGAGGAGCUGGUGGUGGUGGUGGUGGCGGAGCGGGAGGAAUGCCGGAUCUAGCUGCUAUGGCUUCUAUGUUUGGUGGUGGUGGUGGAGCUGGUGGUGGUGGAGGAAUGCCGGAUCUCAGCAGCAUUAUGUCGAACCCGAUGUUUGCUUCCAUGGCCCAGAACCUGAUGUCGAAUCCUGAUGCUCUUAACAACAUCAUGUCGAACCCCCGUGUCCGCGAAAUGGCAUCGCAAUUCGGUGGUGGCGGUGGUGAAGCUGGUGCCCCAGGAGGUGGUGGAAUGCCAGAUUUGUCCAGCUUGAUGCAAGAUCCAAGUCUCGCCGAGAUGGCUCGGAACAUGAUGGGCGGUGCAGGACGAGGAGCCGGACGUGGAGCAGGUGGUCAAUAA